GCGGGGUCGGGAACGUGACCAGCGGAAGGGACGGAGGGCCGGCCGGAAAGAAGACCCGAAGGAGGGAAGGGACCACGGGGCAGCUCCGCGCGAGAGGCGUGGUCGGGAAGUAGACCCGAGGAAGGAUCGAGGUUGGGAAGGAUACCAGCGGCAGGGGCGUGAGCGUGGAGAAGACCCGCGGAAAAGGCGUGGCCGGUCCGGGCGCUCGGGAACGCGUCUCUGUCAGGCCCUGACCCCGGCGGGACUCCGACGGGACGCCGACGGCGCCGGGAUGUGGAGGACGCGCGAGGAGGUGGACGCCACGCUGCGCACGGCCAGGCUGAACGCGGCGGAGCUGCAGCCCGCCGUGCACUGCCUGCGCUUCGGGCCCGCGGCCACCGGCGACACGCGCCUACUAGAGCUGGAACCUGCCCUGUGCCAGCGUCUGGAGGAGGGACACAGUUUUGUGAUUCGUGGUGAUAAAGAUGAGCAAGCCGUGCUAUGCAGUGAAGACAGAACAUAUGACCUGAAGAUAGCAGAUACUUCAAAUAUGUUGCUUUUUAUUCCUGGUUGCAAGACUCCAGAGCAGCUGAAGGAGGAAGACACACUCUGUGACAUGAUCCAUGCCGAGAUCUUUGGUUUUUCUAAUAAUUACUGGGAAUUAAGAAGAUGUAGACCUAAAUUAAAGAAGCUAAAGAAACUUUUGAUGGAAAAUACCUAUGAAGGACCUGACAGUCAAAAAGAGAAAGAUUCAAAUUAUUCCAAAUAUACAACUGAAGAUUUGCUUAAUCAAAUUCAGGCAAGUGAGCAAGAAAUAAUGGCCCAAUUACAAGUUCUAAAUGCCUGUGAAAUUGAAGGUUAUUGGAGGACUCUUGAAUUUGACUAUGAGAUGAAACUUCUGAAUCAUAUAACUCAGCUUGUGGAUUCCGAAUCAUGGUCUUUUAGUAGAAUUCCUUUGAAUACAUGCCUCCAGGAACUUGGACCAUUGGAGCCUGAGGAAAUGAUAGAGCAUUGUCUUAAAUGUUACGGGAAGAAAUAUGUAGAUGAAGGUGAAGUUUAUUUUGAAUUGGAUGCUGAUAAAAUAUGCCGAGCAAUAGCACAAAUGCUACUUCAGAAUGCGGUGAAAUUCAAUCUUGCUGAGUUUCAGGAAGUGUGGCAACAGAGUGUUCCUGAAGGAAUGACAACCAGGCUUGAUCAGCUCAAGGGUUUGGCACUGGUAGAUAGAAACUCAAGACCAGAAAUAAUCUUUUUGCUGAAAGUAGAUGACCUACCUGAAGACACUCAGGAACGUUUUAAUAGUCUGUUCUCGCUAAGGGAGAAGUGGACAGAGGAGGACAUCGCUCCAUAUAUUCAAGAUUUGUGUGAAGAGAAGCAAACCAUAGGUGCAUUACUCACUAAGUAUUCGCGUUCUUCAAUGCAAAAUGGUGUUAAAGUUUAUAAUUCAAGAAGACCUGUUUCUUAAAAGAACAAUCUUUUCUUUGGGACUAAAGUUGGUUUAUAAAGUGGCUGGAUAUAAGAAAAAGAUCUUAUGACUUCUUUUUAAAACCUAACUUUUCUUCUUUUUUUUAAGGAUACAGGUCUCACU